AUUUAUAUUUUUUUAAUUUAUAUUUUUUAAAUUUAUAUUUUUUUCAUUUAUAUUUUUAUAUAUAUAUAUUAUUUAUAUAUUUUUUUAUAUAUUGAUAUAUUUAUUUAUAUACAUAAUAUUUAUAUAUUUUUUUAUAUAUAAUAUAUAAAAUUUUUAUUUUUUUAGUUAUUUUUAAAUAAUGUUUUAUAUGUUUUUUAUUUUUUUUUAAUAUAAUAUUUUUUUUUUGUAUAUAUUAUUUAGUUUUUUUUAUAUUUUAUUUAUAUUUUAUUUUAUAUAUUUUUUAUUUUUUCUUUAUAUUUUAUUUAUUUAAAAAAAAAAUUUUUUUUGUUAUCUUUUUAUGUUUUUCUUUUUAUAUACAUAUUUAUAUAUAUAUUAUUAUUUUGUUUUACUUUUAUGAGAGAUGAGUAUAAAGAUAAGCACAAAUAUUGGAGAAGCGUAGAACUCUCACCACUCAGUAAAGCUUUUCGCGCUGAUAAUUUUGUAAAUCACUUUUUAAAAAUCAUAUUGAUGAUAGCACACACUCAUUUUAGUCUAUAGAAUCAGUUUGGUAACUGAAUUUGAGGAGUUAGGAAGCCUUACGGUUGCUCUAAUAUUUUUUACUCUUUGUGUCCUGGCGAUAAUAAUAUCAAUCUCGUAAUCAACCGCGUCAAGUUUAUAAGGAUUUGUAAUGUCGCGUUUCCUUCAAACACUUUGCACCAUUUUGGUUGCAUUACACUACCUCACUGAGGCCAAAUAUGUGCCCGGCAUUUCCUAUAUAGAUGACGUGCAACUCUCAUAUGAAAAUGGCACUUGGCAAUGUGAUCGCAUAACUUGUAAACAUCGUAUUCAUGGCUGCAAGAUUUCGAUUCGUAACAAUCCGGACGACAAAAACGAGUUGAUUCGCUCGAGCGCCUGCUAUACGAAAGAUGGUACCGCUACACGGCAGCUGAGCCAAGUACAACGCAUGGUGAAACCAAAAACUGUCAAUAUCGAUAUAGACUCAUAUGUUGGCGCGCUGUCGUUAUAUACGACAGGCUACAGUUUGAGCUGGCAGGAGGUGAAGGGCACCGUAGCCGCUGAGGAUUGGGCUAAUACGCAGAAGAUAGUCAGAGAUGAUAUGAAAGCUGUCGAUGAGUCUAAUAGCUCUUUGAAGACUCGCUGAUACCAGAAGCUGGCAAUUUGCCAUGGCAACAACAACGAUUUCAUCAAGAUAUGGGAUAUAAUAAUGACGCCUGUAAUUUAUUUUCGACCCAGACUACCAACUCAAUCUAGAUAAAAUAAUAAAUAUACGAGUUUAUAAAUAUGUAUACAUAUAUAUUGUACUUUUAAAUUUAAAAAA